CGCUUCCUGUGUGGGCACGCGCAAGGACUCGCCUGUCCCCGCCUCCUCCCGUCCGCCUGCGAGCCGGAUCGGUAACGUUCGGCUGCUUCCGCCAGCCGGUCGCCAACCGCUCGGAGGCCUUCGGAACUGUUCGGCUAGUGACCCCGGGGCGUGUCCUCGGAGGCGGAGCACCCCCUUUCGAGGGCCCUUCGUGUGUUUCCGGAAGUGCAGCGCUGGAUUUCCGAGUAGGUCCAGUUCGAGAGACCCUAAGUCCCUUUCCGAAGGGGUUUCUCUCCAGGGCUGCUCACCAGCGCUUGGCACAGUAUAGGUGCUCCAUAAGUAUUUGUUUUACGUCUGAACGUGCGGAUGCGUGAGUUACUUAAGGCCAGCUCCAGGGUCUCCGGAUGCUUCCGGUCUUCUUCGCGAGCUCUCGGCUAUUCCCGACGAAUGCACAGAGGCCCGCUCGGGCAUUUUCGCAACCCUUCGGAGACGCCCUCCCGGGUCUGUUCGGAAACACUCGUUUUCCUUCGGGCCACGUUCGGAAAUCUGCGGCUGAUGCGGGUAGAUUGGGGUCGCCCUCGGCAGGCGAUCUCAAACGCUUUAGUCUGGAGAAAAGCUGGACGUAAUCUUCUAGCGGACUGACCCCCCCUCCGCCCCAGGAGGGCGUCGGUUCCCCCCGAGGGCGAAUCGUUUGGAGGGGGAGGGAUUUGCCUUAAAAGCUCUUGGUUCCUUAGGGGGCCGCAUCUGUUGGCCUCUGCCCCGUCCCCUCUACCCCCAGUCCGCCCGCAGUCGCACCCCUUAAACUCUCUUGUUUUCUGUUGCCACGGCCCUCUUCAGGGGCAGGAGCCCCGCCUGAUGAACCCCGGGUCCUCGGCCUCAACAGCAAGGGGCUGGGCGCUCGGGGGUGGGGGUAGGGGCUCCGGAAACCCCGGCUCACCAAACGGAACGGCCAUGGCCUCUGUCGCCCCCGCGAGUGCAGCUGGACCUGGGACUGUGUCCGGGAACUCCAUGAGGUCCCCCUCCGUGUUCUGGGGCUUCGCCCCUAGGGAAUCCCGGCCGUCCAGAGGCAUUGGGAGAAGCCUGGGGGCCCGCCCCGCUGCCCGCACCAUCGCCCCCAGGCCCGACGGGGUUGCGCUCAGGGCCGGGAGUUCCAUCACCUCCCAGGGGCGCACGGGCCGCCCCAGGGGACCGGCAAUGAGGGAGAGAAAUCUCAGCUCCCGAGAGCCCCGUGUUUCCUCCAUUAGGGCGCCCUGCCCGCUAACUCCGGCGUCCCGGGGCUCCGGGUCCAGGCGUCUUGUCUGGUCCUUGUUUUUUGACCCCACCUGUCCCCACCGCGGGGCCUGGGGCGCAGAGGGCCCCGCAGGCAGGCGCUGAAGAGAAGCAACGUCCGGGCUCCCGCAGCACCCCACGCUGCCUCCAUUAGGGCACCCUGAAUUUUGAAUGUGUUCCUUCGCGCUCCUUGGGGUGCGUAAGGCCCCUCCCACCCUUAUCCGGGAGCCCGGCUGCCCCCUUCAAGGCCUCUGAGGGCCAGGACGUGCCCAGAAACCAGGGCCGGGGCAUCCCCCGAGUCGGGCCCGUGUGCACCCCAGCCAGCUCAGGUGACCAGGAGGGCGCCGGGCACACCUGGCGCCGUCCCCUGACCCCGCCCCGGGCCGCACCCCGGAAAGCUCUCUGGGGGAGCCAGCGCGGCGCAGCAGGGCCAUGGCAGCGGCGCCAGCGGUGGGCGUCCCGCAGGGGCCCCCCCCGGGGGCACCGUCCCCGCCGGCCGGCGCGCCGGGGCCUGCGUCCGGCCUGGGCCGCUGCCGGAUGGCGCUGCUGCUGGCGGUGGCGCUGGACGUGGCGGGCAUGGCGGCGCUGCUGACCGGCGUGUUCGCGCAGCUGCAGGUGCGCGGCCGCGACUUCGGCGACCUGCUCAUCUACUCGGGCGCGCUGCUCGUCUUCCUGAGCCUGCUCGGCUGGAUCCUCUGGUACACCGGCAACAUCGAGAUCUCGCGCCAGGAGCUCGAGCGCGACUACGGCCUGCGGCCCUCGGCGCUCGCCCGCCUGGCGCGCAAGCUCUCCCGCCGCUGGUCUGCGCCGGCCUCCUCCUCCGGCCCGCGCGCCGCGCCCGGCUCUCUGGGAACGCGCCGUGCCGCCCGCGCGCCCCCGCCGACCACCGCAGGCUCCCGCCGCGUGCGCCUGCAGCUCGCUACGCUCGAGGCCGGGCCGGGGGCGGCGGGCGCGGGCACCGAGUGAGCCCGAGACAGCCCCACGGCCCCACCUGUGAGGACGGGACUGCGUGUGCAGCUGCACCCACCACCAUCUGGGCCACCAGGAUGCCUGCUUGUCUGCCCCUGUCCUCUCUCGGAUAAAUGGCUCUGCCUCCUA